AUGGGGGAUGUGGAGGAGCACUCCGAGGUGGAAGAGGAGGUGCACGAGGAGGACAGUGAGCACGAGGAUGCCGAAGAGCAUGAGGACGGCUUGCACACCCCGUCAGAUGGGGGCCACGGCGAGGAUGACGCCGCUAGCUCGUAUGCGGACGCCGCGGAUGUGGCAGAGGGGGAGGUUGACAUUGACGAGCAUGAGGCAGACAAGGCUAGCGGUGAGGGCGAAGACCCCGCAGAAGCCACCGCCCCCCCUGGGGACAAGGGAGCUAGAGUUGAUUCCAAGGGAGACGUUGGACAGACGGCAGCAAAGGCGGAUGAGGCUGAGGCUGAGGCUGAGGUUGAGGUUGAGGCUGAGGCUGAGGCUGAUGCUGAUGCUGAUGCUGAUGCUGAUGCUGAUGCUGAGGCAGAUAAUGAUGCACAGAGCAAUCUCUUCAGCAAUCAAGCCGCAGUACAAGCUGAAUUUGAAGUGGAAACCGCUGUUCAAUCUGAUUCCGUUGAUGAACUCGCAAAGACCGCCGUGGAUACCGGCGCAAAAGAAGAGCGUCUGUUAAGAAUUGCGGCUGAUGGCGGCGCCGCGAAAGAACCACGUGAGGACGACAUCGCAGAAGGAAAAUCGAAGCCAGAGAUACGCGCAAUUAUCGAAGCAAAAACAGUGCCGGGAAUUGUGAUGGAUUCGGGCGUUGAAAAGGAAGCACAUGAGGAUGACGCCCGAGAAAGGGAAUUGGAAAUGAUAGUUGAGAUUUCGGAGGACGAAACUGCAAAGCAACGGAGUGAAGGGUUCGAUGACAGCGUGCACAAAGACGAGGAGCACGAGGACAUGCAAGAAAGCCCCGCAAAGCCUUCUUCUCCCGUUGCACCCGGCCCCGAUGACGACGCAAUGUCAGAGGAACAUGAGGAAGGAGACGAGAUUUCAGAAGAAGAUCCUGAUAUGAUGGUAGACGGGGCGACAGAGUCCGAAGCACCGAAGAGCGGCGAUCAAACCCCUCAGAGCAUCGCAGAGAUGGACGCUGUGCCAAGCCAGGUUUUUCCUUCUACGGCUGCGCUAGCGGGGGAUAACCACGUCGCAGAAAUUCCAGUGCACCCCAAGGAGACAAGCGUGGCAACAUCUCUACCAAGCUACGCCGUUGAGAAGGAAUCUCAUACUGAUAUGAUGGAAGAAGAUGGGCAGAAGAAAGAUCCUGCCAAUGGUGAUGAUGCUGAUGUUCAGAUGACGAAAGAAUCAGAGGACCAACCGGAUGUGCAAGUUGAGGAACUGAAGACUGUACCUAAGGCGAUAGUCCCUAUUGUUCGUUCACAGACAACGACUGGCGAUGCUACCGCGAGUCCAGAUAUUCCAAUGACAUCCAACGAGGAUGUCCGAACAGGGGGCGAUACCGAAGGAGGUAUGCAAGACGCGUCAGAAGGUCCAGAUGUCGUCGAGCCAAGCGUGGAUCCGACGAAGGGUGGGGACACGUCAACAAUCGAGGAAGCAAUAACGACGGAAGCUGACAGUGAUCUCAAUGGGCAGCCCAAGGCUGUCUUUUCGAUCCCAGAAUCCUCAGUAGAACUUUCGCAAGUGUCUAAACAGACCAACCAAACUGGUGCAACAACUAUUGUGCCAGUUAAAUUUCCGGGACCAAAUGCACCCACAUUCGCAAGCCCUAAAGUCGAAGCCGAUACAAGUGCCAAAACCCCAGCUGACCUUUCUCAAGGCACAGGAAAUAGUGCAGCUGUUCAGGAAAAAGCGACAGUAUUUCCUGCCCCCAGCGAGCCACAAGUAGCAAUAGCUGAAAAGAUUUUGGAUUCUGAACAGAAAGCGGCCGAUACUAAAUCCGACGAGCAGGCUGCUCUUAGUGUGCCGCUCGUGAAACCUGAAUCAAAACCAGCAACGACGGUCCCUGGCCAAGCAACGAGUCCGGAAAUCAACGCGACAGCGACCAUCCCUCCCGACCUUAAAACCAUCACCCCGACAGUGAAGAGUAUGGAAAAGAAUUCAUCUCCGUUUCAUGCUUCGAAGUCACUCUCCAGUUCUUCGACUUUCACGACCCCACUGUUUGGCAUCCAGCCACCGAACCGGACUGGGCCAGUUUCGUUUUCGUCCCCCCCAAGUUUUCAUCAGUCGAAUCUCAGUCCGACUGCAGCUCCGUUUGUUCCGGCUACGCUUGAUGCAAGCAAGGCCCCGCCUGCUCCCGUUGAUCCACCCAGUCUCGGAACUGUCAAAGUGCCACGAAAGCCGGAACAAUCCACAGUUGCGCAAGUCAAGGUCCCGCCUCAAGACGUCGCCAUGGCCGACGUCGUUCCUAAGCCUAAGGGUCAGGCUCCUGUAGACAAAUCAAGCCAAGAUGCAAAUAAGACCUUGGCACCCACACAAAUGAAAGGUGUAUCUCAAGCGAAAAUGCCAAAGCCUCCUGUCAAGCCUGUGUUGAGGAGGCAAGCCGAUGCUCAGCAGACAUUGCGCCGUGUUCCCAUCGAGGGAACAAGCGGAGGGAUGUCGUACACCGUCGAUAACGUCAUGAUAAUUGUAAGGGAAGGCACAUCGAAGCCAGUCCGUCGCUUUACGUUUUGUACAGUUGAAGCAAAGAUCAGGCCAGAUGGGGAAUCGACUCUGGAGUUUUUUGAAGGUCGCGAUGGUUCCAAGAGUUCUCUUGCAGAGCUUUCCUCAAAGAAAAAUCGCGUCAGAAUUAAAAAGGUGGUGAACAAACCAUUCGUGUUUUCGGUCACGGUUUUGGGUCCGUCUGGACAGGAAAAAGGUAGCGAUGUGGCAAAAUACUUCAUCCAUCUACAAAAACAUACUUUUGAUGUGUUUUAUGACGCAUGUAUGAUGUACAUCCUGGAUGUAGUGAAAGAGAAACCCCGGCCGAAGACGGUAAGGUUUCAAGAGCCAACCCUACAACAGAAGACGGCGGCCGCUGCACCAAAACCGAACCCCACAGCUGCGAAUCCAAAUAACAAAGCUGGAGUGGCAGCUAAUCCUAAAGUCGUGCCCUUGGAUCAACGAAAGCUUCUUCUGUUAAAGAUGGAAGCUUUGAAAAAGAAAAAAACCGGAAGAUGCUCGGAAGGAUCCCCAUCGCGAAAUGUGACGUCUGAGAGUUCUGGGAAACGUACUACAUCCAAGCCGAUUAGCACGCCCGGACGCAUGAAUAUCAACCUUAGUGGUAUUGCGGACAAGCAAGCGUCAACCGCUCAGAGGCAAACACCUCACAAAAAGACGGCCGCAGUUGCCGAGCACAAGAUCGGGGACGUACAGGCAUUCCAACGGACCGUCGGGCACGGCAUGCAACAACACAAUGUGAAACUGCAGCUGCUGACACCCACUACAAGACCCGUUCCCUCGAGCCCGAAAAAGAGGCCUGCCUUCCGCUUGGAAGAACGAGAGAGCUCCAUGAAGAAAGCAAGGCUGGCCGUUCCGAAAAAAAGGCCCGUGGCCGGAGCACAUGCCGAGGGGAGCGUGCAGCGGAAGCAGAUUCAACCCCAGUCUAGUCUGAAACGUGCGCCACAGCCCCUGAUGAACACCACCUUGGGGGCUAGCAAGAUGAAGGCGUUGCAAGUACCGGGUGCAUCGCCACGGCCUGCCGUGGCGACCUCCAAAUCGAUUUCCGUUGUGAUGCAACCAGCCCCGGCCAUGACCGGCGGCGUGAAUAUUUCAUUAGAGGAAAAGGCGGCCUUCGAGCUUGAUGGGAAGCGCUUGACGGACGUACUCGCCGCGAUCAAGUCCGCCGUGAAAUCUACUGGAAUUGGCGAGGCCCAUGAACCAGUAUCCCUCUUUCGGUGCGAACCGAAAAAUGUGUCAGACUUUUUCUACAGACUGCACACGUUCCGGCCGUCGACAUGGCGCGGAUUUGCGCGCGGACACGCGUUGAGUGCAGUGGAAUGUGCAAGACACGGGUGGCACAAUAAUGGCAUUGACGAGCUGACUUCGAGUGAGGGCUCUGUAAUUACCGCCAAGUUUGAGACCUGCUUCGACUCGGCAUCGAUGACAGCAGAGAUAGAGCGCGUGCGAAAACUCGUCGUCGGAGGGGGGCACCGGUUGCUGUCCACGUGGAUCGGCGAAAGCUCCCCCUUAGAAUUUGAAACGUUGGAAGGAAGCAAGCGGACAUGCAACGCGGCGCAGCUCAAAACAAAUGCCAAGCAGCUGGAAAGCACACGUGUGGUUGAAAUUCUGGCCAACAGGGACUCUGACUCAGGUCUUUCGUCGAAGGGUCCCUCGGCUGCCGACAAGUACGGGCGACUGGCGUGCUACAACUGGAAGGCACGAGGCAGCGAGGAGGAUCUGGAUUUGUACUCCGAUUGGUAUGGGCGCAGCGUGUUGCUCACGCCGGAAGACAUGGUCCGAAGCGGGGGGAAGGGGUGCGUUGAGUUUGACGUUGCGACGAGCCAUUAUGUUUUCUGA